ACGCUCGGACCCGCGCUGCGCAUCCCCGCCGACGCCACCGCGCUAGAUGUGUCCCACAACCUGCUCCGGGCACUGGACGCUGGGCUCCUGGCGAACCUCUCCGCACUGACCGAGCUGGAUAUAAGUAACAACAAGAUUUCUACUUUAGAAGAAGGAUUAUUUGCUAAUUUAUUUAAUUUAAGUGAAAUAAACCUGAGCGGAAACCCACUGGAGUGUGACUGUGGUCUGGCGUGGCUGCCUCGCUGGGUGGAAGAGCAGCGGGUUCGCGUGGUUCGGCCCGAGGCGGCCACGUGUGCUGGGCCCGGCCCCCUAGCUGGCCGGCCCCUGCUUGGCGUCCCAUUGUCAGAAAGCGGCUGUGGUGAGGAGUACAUCGCCUGCCUCCCGGACAACAGCUCCGGUGCCGUGGUGCCGGUGGCCUUCUCCACUGCCCACGAGGGCCCGCUGGCACCCGAGGCCUGCGGCGCCUUCUGCUUUGCGGCUGGCUGGGGCCUCGGGGCCCUCUCGGACCAGGGCUGGUGCCUGUGCGGGGCGGCCCAGCCCCCCAACGCCUCCUCGGCUUGCCUACCCUUGUGCUCCAGCCCCCCGCUGCCCCUCGCCCCUGCCUGCGGGGGCCCCACCCUCCUUGAGAACGUCUUCCCUGCCUCCCCAGGGGCCGCCCUGGUGGGGCCUCCAGGACCCCUGGCCUCUGGCCAGCCAGCAGCCUUCCAUGUCACUGCCUCCCUGCCCGUCAGCUCCACACACUGGGACUUUGGUGACGGCUCCCCUAAGGUGGAUGUUGCUGGUCCUGCCACCACUCACCGCUAUUCCCUGCCUGGCCACUACCAGGUGACAGCCGUGCUGGCCCUGGGGGCUGGCUCAGCCCAGCUAGGGGCCAAGGUGCAAGUGGAGGCGGCCCCUGCUGCCCUGGAGCUCGAGUGUCCAGUCUCGGUACUCAGUGAUGAGACCCUCAAGCUUGGCGUCCGAAAUCGUGGUGGCUCCGGCCUGGAAGCCACCUACAGUAUUGUGUCUUUGGGCGAGGAGCCAGGUCGAGUGGUGCAUCCGCUCUGCCCCUCGGACACCGUGAUCUUCCCCGGUAAUGGGCACUGCUACCGCCUGGUGGCCGAGAAGGCCGCCUGGCUGCAGGCACAGGAGCAGUGCCGGGCCUGGGCCGGGGCCGCCUUGGCCAUGGUGGACAGUCCCGCCGUCCAGCACUUCCUGGUCUCCCAGGUCACCAGGAGCCUGGACGUGUGGAUUGGCUUCUCAGCUGUGGAGGGGGCUGAGGCGGGCCCUGCUGUGCGGGGUGAGGCCUUCAGCCUGGAGAGCUGCCAGAACUGGCUGCCUGGGGAGCCGCACCCUGCCACGGCUGAGCGCUGUGUGCGGCUUGGGCCCGCGGGGCAGUGCAACACGGACCUGUGCUCGGUGCCCCACAGCUACGUCUGUGAGCUCCGGCCUGGAGGUCCUGUGUGGGAUGCGGAGAACUUCCUCGUGGGAGCGCCCCCUGGAGACCUGCAGGGACCCUUGAGUCCCCUGGCACAGCAGGAGGCCCUGUCAGCCCCCCAGGAGCCUGUCGAGGUGGUGGUGUUCCCCGGCCUGGGCCUGGGUAGAGAAGCCUUCCUGGUCGCUGCCGAGUUCGGCACUCAGGAGCUCCACCGACCCGCCCAGCUGCGGCUGCAGGUGUUCCGGCCCGAGGGAGGAGCAGGGGCCCCAGGACAUGGCGGGGAGCCCGAGAGCGCGUCCCUGGAGAGCCAGGCUCUGCCGGUGCCCGCGUGCACCCCAGAGGGACGCUGGUGCCCCCAAACUGGUAUCCCCCUGUCACCGGACACCCUCUGCCGGCCCCGGGCCUGUGCCAACGCGUCCACGUCAGGGCCAGGGCCCCCUGGGACCUCCUGUGUGCUCUGGAAGGAGUUUCUGUUCUCCGUGCCGGCAGGCCCUCCCACCCAGUACUCGGUCCCCUUCCAGGGCCAGGACGGCCCCCUGCUCCCCGGCGACCUCGUCACCUUGCAGCACGACGCUGGACCAGGUGCCCUCCUGCACUGCUCGCCGGCGCUCGGACCCCCUGGCCCUGAGGCGCCGUACUUGUCCGCCGUGGCCUCGGCCUGGCUGGCCCACCUGCCCGCCCAGCUGGAGGUGGCCCCGACUGGCCCCGCCUGCGCCCUGCGGCUGCUCGCCGCCACAGAGCGCCUCACCCCUCUGCUCGGCCUGAGGCCCAACCCGGGGCUGCGGCGGCCUGGGCACUAUGAGGUCCGGGCCACGGUGGGCAACAGCGUGUCCACGCACAACCUGUCCUGCGACUUUGAUGUGCUCUCCCCGGUGGCUGGCCUGCGUGUGGCCCAUCCCACCCCCCACGAUGGCCGCCUCUAUGUGCCCACCAACGGCUCGGUCUUGGUGCUCCGGGUAGACUCGGGCACCAACGCCACGGCCACGGCCCACUGGCCCGGGGGCAAUGUCAGCGCACCCUUUGAGGCCGCCUGCCCUGCCCCGGUGGCUGCCCUGGUGCCCAGCUGUGCUCUCGAGGCCAACACCACCCUGUUCUCGGCGCUGGCCCUGCCCGGCCUCCGUGAGGGCGAGCACACGGUGGAGGUGGUGGUGGAGAACAGCGCCGGCCGGGCCAACCUCAGCCUGCAGGUGAAGGCCGAGGAGCCCAUCUGCGGCCUCCGGGCCACACCCAGCCCCGAAGCCCGGGUGCUGCAAGGCGUCCUGGUGAGGUACAGCCCCAUGGUGGAGGCCGGCUCAGACGUGGUCUUCCGCUGGACUAUAGACGACAAGCAGUCCCUUACCUUCCACAAUGUGGUCUUCAACGUCAUCUACCAGAGCGCUGCUGUCUUCAAGCUCUCGCUGACGGCCUCCAACCACGUGAGCAAUGUCACCGUGAACUAUAACGUCACUGUGGAGCGGAUGAACAGGAUGAGGGGCCUCUGGGUGUCUGCAGUGCCACCCGUGUUGCCCCCCAAUGCCACGCUGGCGCUGGCUGCCCACGUGCUGGUGGACUCGGCUGUGGAGGUGGCUUUUCUGUGGACCUUUGGGGACGGGGCCCAGGUGAUUGGCCAGUUCAAGCCUCCGUACAAUGAGUCCUUCCCGGUGCCAGACCCUGCAGUCGCCCAGGUGCUGGUGGCGCACAGUGUCACACACACCUACGCCGUCCCAGGUGAGUACAACCUGACCCUGCUGGUGUCCAACGCCUUCGAGAACCUGACGCGGCGAGUGUCUGUGAGCGUGCGCGCCACCCUGCCUGCUGUGGCUGUGGCCGUGGGAAGCCGUGUCCUGGUGGCUGGCCAGUCUGUCACCUUUGCCCCACACCCACUGCCCUCCCCUGGGGGCAUCCUGUACACGUGGGACUUCGGAGAUGGCUCCCCAGCUGUGACGCAGCACCGGCCGGAGGUCAACCACACAUACAGCUCAGGGGGCACGUACCGCGUCCAUCUGGAGGUCAACAACACGGUUAGCAGCGUGGCGGCAUGUGUCGGCGUCCGUGUCUUUGAGGAGCUCCGGGGCCUGAGCGUGAGCCUCAGCCCGUCCGUGGAGCAGGGCGCGCCUGUGACCGUCAGCGCCGCCCUGGAGUCGGGAGACAACGUCACGUGGACUUUUGACAUGGGGGACGGCACGGUGCUCACGGGCCCCGAGGCCACGGUGGAGCACGUGUACUUGCGGGCACGGAACUGCACGGUGACUGUGGGAGCGUCCAGCCCCGCGGGCCGCCUGGCGCUGAGCCUGCCCCUGCAGGUGUUUGUCCUGGAGGUGCUGCGGAUCGAGCCUGCGGCCUGCAUCCCUGUGCAGCCCCUCGCCCGGCUCACGGCCCACGUCCCUGGGGACCCCACCCACUACAUCUUUGACUGGACGUUCGGGGAUGGCUCCUCCAACGCCACCGUCUCGGGGGACCCGACGGUGACGCACAACUUCACACGGAGCGGCACGUUCCCCUUGACGCUGGUCCUCUCGAGCCACGUGAACAAGGCCCAUUACUUCACCAGCGUCUGCGUGGAGCCCGAGCUGGGCAACGUGACCCUGUGGCCCGAGAGGCAGUCCGUGCGGCUCGGGGACGAGGCCCGUUGGGUGGCUCGUGCCUGGCCCCCGUUCCUCUACCGUUACACCUGGGACUUUGGCACUGAGGAUCCCGCCCGCGUCGGGGGCCCCGAGGCCACGUUUGCCUACCCGGCCUCUGGCUCCUACCUGGUGACGGUCGCCGUAUCCAACAACAUCUCGGCUGCCAACGACUCCGCGCUCGUGGAGGUGCAGGAGCCCGUGGAGCUCACGGGUGUCCGGGUCAACGGUUCUCGCGUGCUGGAGCUGCAGCAGCCGUACCUGUUCUCCGCCGUGGGCCGCGGGCGCCCCGCCAGCUACCUGUGGGAGCUGGGGGACGGUGGGCUCCUCGAGGGCUCCGCGGUCACCCACGCCUACAACAGCACGGGCCGCUUCACCGUCCGCGUGACCGGGUGGAACGAGGUGAGCCGUGGUGAGGCUCGGCUGAACGUCACGGUGCGGGAGCGUGCGCGGGGGCUCAGCGUCAACGCCAGCCGCACGGUGGUGCCCCUCAACGGCAGCGUCAGCUUCGCCACCUCCCUGGAGGCCGGCAGCGACGUGCGCUACUCCUGGGUGCUCUGCGACCGCUGCACGCCCAUCCCCGGGGGCCCCACCAUCUCCUACACCUUCCGCUCGGUGGGCACCUUCAACAUCAUCGUCACGGCCGAGAACGAGGUGGGCGCCGCCCAGGACAGCAUCUUUGUCUACGUCCUGCGGCACAUCGAGGGGCUGCAGGUGGUGGGGGGCGGAGGCGGCUGCUGCUUUCCCACCAACCGCACGCUGCAGCUGCAGGCCGCGGUCCGGGACGGCACCAACAUCUCCUACAGCUGGACCGCCCAGCGGGACGGCGGCCCGGCGCUGGCCGGCAGCGGCAGAGCCUUCUCGCUCACUGUGCUCGAGGCCGGCACUUACCGCAUCCAGCUGCGGGCCGCCAACAUGCUGGGCAGUGCCCUGGCCGAUCGCACGGUGGACUUCGUGGAGCCUGUGGGGUGGCUGGCCGCAGCCGCCUCCCCGAACCCGGCCGCCGUCGAUGCCAGCGUCACCCUCUGUGCCAAGCUGGCCGGGGGCAGCGGCGUCAUUUAUAGCUGGUCUCUGGAGGGAGGACCGAGCUGGGAGACCCCAGAGCCGUCCACCACGCACACCUUCCCCACCCCCGGCCUGUACCUGGUCACGGUCACGGCUAGGAACCAGCUGGGCUCGGCCAACGCCACCACCGAGGUGGCUGUGCAGGUGCCCGUAAGUGGCCUCAGCAUCAGGGCCGGCGAGCUGGGUGGCGGCUUCGUGGCGGCGGGUUCUGCCGUGCACUUCUGGGGGCAGCUGGACUCAGGCACCAACGUGAGCUGGUGCUGGGCGGUGCCGGGUGGCAGCAGGCACGGCCAGCACGUUUCCGUGGUCUUCCGUGACGCCGGCGCCUUCUCCGUUCGGCUCAACGCCUCCAAUGCCGUCAGCUGGGGCCUGGCCACGCGUGAGCUCACGGUGGAAGAGCCCGUCGCGGGCCUCGUGCUGUGGGCCAGCAGCAAGGUGGUGGCGCCCGGGCAGCUGGUCCACCUGCAGGUCCUGCUGGCCGCUGGCUCUGCCGUCAGCUUCUACCUGCAGGUCGGCGGGGCCGCCACGGAGGCACUGCCCGGGCCCCGCUUCUCCCGCAGUUUCCCCCGGGCCGGGGACUACACACUGAGCGUGCAGGCGGAAAACCACGUGAGCCGGGCCCAGGCGCAGGUGCGCAUCUUGGUGCUAGAGGCGGUGGGUGGGCUCCAGGUGCCCAACUGCUGUGAGCCAGGCAUCCCCACGGGCACGGAGAGGAACUUCACGGCCCGCGUGCAGCGGGGGUCCCGCGUGGCCUACGCGUGGUACUUCUCCUUGCAAAAGGUCCAGGGGGACUCGCUGGUCAUUCUGUCAGGCCGCGACGUCACCUACACCCCCGUGGCCGCGGGGCUGCUGGAAAUCCACGUGCGCGCCUUCAACGAGCUGGGAGGCGUGAACCGCACGCUCGUGGUCGAGGUCCAGGACACCAUCCAGCACGUGGUGCUGCGCAGCGGCCGCUGCUUUACCAACCGUUCGGCCCGGUUCGAGGCCGCCACGAGCCCUAGCCCCCGGCGUGUGGCCUAUCGCUGGGACUUUGGGGAUGGGGCCCCGGUGGAGGACACGGAGGAGCCCUGGGCCGAACACUCCUACCUGCAGCCUGGGGACUACCGGAUGGAGGUGAAUGCUUCCAACCUGGUGAGCUUCUUCGUGGCCCAGGCCACGGUCACCGUCCACGUGCUGGCCUGUAGGGAGCCCGAGGUGGACGUGGCCCUGCCCCCGCAGGUGCUGAUGCGGCGCUCCCAGCGCAACUACCUGGAAGCCCACGUCAACCUCCGCGACUGCGUCACCUACCAGACGGAGUACCGGUGGGAGGUGUACCGUGCCGCUGGCUGCCAUCGGCCGGUGCGCGUGGCCCCCGUGGCUCUGCCCAGCGUGGACAUGAGCCGGCCCCAGCUGGUGGUGCCACGGCUGGCGCUGCCUGUGGGCCACUACUGCUUUGUGUUCCUGGUGUCAUUUGGGGACACCCCGCUGGCACGGAGCAUCCAAGCCAAUGUGACAGUGGUCCCUGAGCGCCUGGUGCCCAUCAUCGAGGGAGGCUCGUACCGUGUGUGGUCAGACACUCGGGACCUGGUGCUGGAUGGGAGCAAGUCCUACGAUCCCAACCUGGAGGACGGCGACCAGACGCCACUCAGCUUCCACUGGGCCUGUGUGGCCUCAACGCAGAGUGAGACUGGCGGGUGCGCUCUGACCUUUGGGCCCCGGGGCAGCAGCGUGGUCACCGUCCCCCGGGAGCGCCUGCAAGCUGGUGUGGAGUACACCUUCAACCUGACCGUGUGGAAGGCAGGCCGGAAGGAGGAGGCCACAAACCAGACGGUGUUGAUCCGCAGGGGUCGGGUGCCCCUUGUGUCCUUGGAGUGUGUGUCCUGCAAGGCGCAGGCCGUGUACGCAGUGAGCCGUAGCUCCUAUGUGUACCUAGAGGGCCGCUGUGACAACUGUAGCGGGGGCUCCCAGCGAGGGCGCUGGGCGGCGCGUACUUUCAGCAACGAGACGCUGGUGCUGGACGAGACGACCACGUCGACAGGCAGCUCAGGCAUGCGGCUGGUGGUACGGCGCGGCGUGCUGCGGGACGGCGAGGGUUACACGUUCACGCUCACGGUGCUGGGCCGCUCGGGCGAGGAAGAGGGCUGCGCCUCCAUCCGCCUCUCCGCCAACCGGCCCCCGCGCGGAGGCUCUUGCCGCCUCUUCCCGCUGGACGCCGUGCACGCCCUCACCACCAAGGUGCAUUUCGAGUGCACAGGCUGGCAGGAUGCGGAAGACGCAGGCGCCCCACUCGUGUUCGCCCUGUUGCUGCGGCGCUGUCGCCAGGGCCACUGCGAAGAGUUCUGCGUCUACAGGGGCAGCCUCUCUGCCUACGGAGCCGUGCUGCCGCCUGGUUUUGCACCACACUUCCAGGUGGACUUGGCCGUGGUCGUGCAGGACCAGCUAGGCGCCGCUGUGGUUGCUCUCAAUAGGUCUCUGGCCAUCACCCUGCCCGAACUCCCUAGUGACCUGCCAGGUGGCCCCCUGGACCUCACGACUUGGCUGCACAGCCUCACGGAGAGCAUGCUUCCCAGACUACUGAGACAGGCUGACCCCCAGCACGUCAUCGAGUACUCUCUGGCCCUCAUCACUGUGCUCAACGAGGCCAGCGCAGGGCACGAGCAGGCGCUGGCCUCGUCAGCAGAGUCGGACCCCAGGCGGCAGCUGCAAGCCCAGAUACGCAAAAACGUCACAGAGAUUCUGGUCUCCCUGCGGGUCAACACCGUGGAUGACAUCCGGCAGAUUGCCGCGGCGCUGGCCCAGUGCACGGUCUCCAGCAGGGAGCUCGUGUGCCGCUCGUGUCUGAAGAAGACGCUGCACAAGCUCGAGGGUAUGAUGCACAUCCUGCAGGCCGAGACCGCCGAGGGCACCGGCACGCCCACGGCCAUUGCUGACAGCAUUCUCAACAUCACAGGUGACCUCAUCCACUUGGCCAGCGCGGACGUGCUGGGCCCGCAGCCCUCAGAGCUGGGCGCAGAGCCGCCGUCGCUGAUGGUGGCAUCCAGGGCCUACCGCCUGUCGUCGGCCCUCAUGUGUAUCCUCAUGCGCUCCCGCGUGCUCAACGAGGAGCCCCUGACGCUGGCCGGCGAGGAGAUCGUGGCGCAGGGCAAGCGCUCAGACCCGCUGAGCCUGCUCUGCCAGGGCGACGCCUCGGUUCCCGGCUGCCACUUCUCCAUCCCCGAGGCCUUCAGCGGGGCCCUGUCCAACCUCAGUGAUGUGGUACAGCUCAUCAUCCUCGUCGACUCCAACCCCUUCCCCUUCGGCUACAUCAGCAACUAUACUGUCUCCACCAAGGUGGCGUCCAUGGCCUUCCAGACGCAGGCUGGGGCCCAGAUCCCCAUUGGCCAGCUGGCCUCGGAGCGCGCCAUCACCGUGAAAGUACCCAACAACUCAGACCGGGCUGCACGGGGCUGCCGCACCCCUGCCGGCUCUGCCGUCGUCCAGCCGCAGGCCUCGGUCGGCGUUGUGGUCGUCCCCGAGGACAGCAACCCUGACGCCGGGUUGCACCUACAGCUCACCUACUCGGUGCUUAGCGAACACUACCUGUCCCGGGAGCCCGAGCCCUACCUGGCUGUGUACCUGCACUCGGUACCGCAGCCCAACGAGCACAACUGCUCAGCCAGCAGGAGGAUCACCCCGGAGGCGCUGGCGGGCGGGGACCACAGGCCCUACACCUUCUUCAUCGCCCCAGGGAGCAGAGACCCAGGCGGGACUUAUUACCUGAACUUGACCAGCCACUUCCGUUGGUCGGCACUGGAAGUGACCGUGGGCCUGUACACAUCCCUGUGCCAGUACUUCAGCGAGAAGGACAUGAUGUGGAGGACAGAGGGCCUUGUGCCUUUGGAAGAGACGUCACCCAGCCAGGCCGUCUGCCUCACCCGCCACCUCACUGCCUUCGGGGCCAGCCUCUUCGUGCCUCCCAGCCACGUGCGGUUCAUCUUUCCAGAACCGGCCUCAGGCGUGAACUACGUCGUCCUGCUGACCUGUUCCGUGUGCCUGGUGACCUAUGUGGUCAUGGCCGUGAUCCUGCGUAAGCUGGACCAGCUGGACGUCAGCCGUGUCCGCGUGAUCCCUUUCUGCGGGAAGGGGGGCCGCUUCAAGUACGAGAUCCUGGUUAAGACUGGCUGGGGCCGGGGCUCAGGUGAGGCGGGGGGCUGUCUGGUCCAGGCUUCCCGGCUGCCCUUGCGUGUGCUCUCUGGCUAUCUUCUCUGGUAGUGACUAUCUUAGUAGAUGACGGGACGAGGGCUCUGUUCACCCGGUGCCGCGUGGGGCGGGAGCUCAUCAGGCCUCACGGUGCUCUUCGGGCACACGGGGCAUCGGAGUGCGGGGCCUGUCUGUGUGAGCGAGUGGACGACAGUGGGGGUGGUGGUGAGCCGUUACUGGGAAGACGGACCGACCGAGCGAGGACAGUGUGACUUGAACGUUAGACGUGCUGGGGGCAAAAGCGUUCGAUUUCUUUGUGGAAAACUCGCUGAGCAGCGUGGGCAGUGCUGGCCGUGUGGCUGUAGGAGGUGCCACGCACGUGAGCGUGUUCUCCAUGCCUCGGCCACUUCCUGCGCUCCCCCCUCAGCGUGCCUUCGUUGGCCCUCCCGCUCUUGU